GCCUAUUCAGGCGCCAGAGCAUUGCACCAAUCUGAGGAUCAAUCAAUUGCUGCCUUGGUGGGAUUGUUGGCAGAUAAGCUGCCUUGGCUCGCUAAGGAGUGUGCAAUGUGCAAUGAAACACAAAAAAGUGUCGUCGAGACUGUCGGAAAAUAAAGGACAGAUAGGUUUUUUUCUUCUUCUUUUAUUUCAGUUCUCUCAGCUCUGCUCGUCUGUCUGUACGACAUGUCCUGGAAUCCUCUCGGCCGUCCAUCGUCCUCUCUCAUUCAAUCAUUCCCCAACGACAAGCAUUGCGCACGUCAUUGCGCACGUCAUUGCGCACGUCGCUCCUUUUGUCGGCGCUCCUCGUCGCGGCUCAGUGCAGGUGCUGGACGCAGACGGGGUCGUUGAGCUUGAGCUUGCUGAGGGCGGCGUAGUCGUUGGGCAGCGUCACCGAGACUUUGUGGUCGAGGGUGCAGGCGCACACGUCGUUGAUCUUGUCGACGACGGCCUUGACGUCGGCGUCGGAGUGGAACGGGCCCGCGGCACCGCAGUUGCCCGUCCACGGCAGGAAGUAGUACAGGCUGCCCUGCUUGGUCACGAACGCGCGCUCCGCCGCCGUCAGCGAGUACCACUGGCAGCAGUAGUCGAACGCCGUCGACGGGCAGUGAUAGCCGUCGCUUCCCUUUCGGGCGUUGAGAAAGGCUCUGUAUCGUCCGGGUCAGUCAGUUGUUCUGGUUGCACGACGGGUUCUUGGGGACCGGCUGGAGCGGAUACCAUGACGCGCACUUCCAUCCGCCCUAUAUUGAUUGGCUAUUAGACAUCAUCUUUCGCAUCGAUCGAUUCUGGGGGCGAGCCAAUGCCUUACAUAGGGGUCCUUGGUGUUGGAGUGGCGCGUGUCGAGGCCGCGCUCGGCCACGGACGUGAACUCGACGAUGUCAGCCGCCGCGGUGGCCUCGACGAGGGUUCCGCCCAGGACGACGGGAAGGCUGCCCGCCACGGCAGCGACCGCUGCGAUGAUCAUGUUGAACGACACCAUGGUGGCUG